GAGAUCUGGAUGGUUCAUCAUUUAGCAGGAGACGUCCAGCAGCUGGUGGUUAAAGAAGAGGUUCCCCCUGAGCAGCAGGAGUGGAGCUCCAGUCUGGACCAGGAGGACCCAGAGCCCCCCCCAGACAUUAAAGAGGAACAGGAGGAAAUCUGGAGCAGUCAGGAGGGAGAGCAGCUUCAAGGGCUGGAGGAGGCUGAUAUCACCAAGUCCACAAUCACUCCUGACCCUGUGAAGAGUGAAGAUGAUGAAGAGAAACCUCAGUCCUCUCAGCUUCAUCAAAGACAAACUGAACACAUGGAAACAGAAGCUGAUGGAGAGGACUGUGGAGGACCAGAACCAGCCAGGAGCUCAGAUCCAGAGAGACAUUUACAACCAGAGACUGAGGACCACACUGGAGACUCUUCUGAACCAGAGACUGAGGACAACCCUGGAGACUCUUCUGAACCAGAGGCUGAGGACAACCCUGGAGACUCUUCUGAAGACACUGAAGACAGUGCUGAUUGGAGCGAGACUGGAGAACCUCAGUCAGGUUCAAACUCUCAGGAAAAUAAACAAAACUCUGUCAGUGAUUCAAGGUGUAGUGCAGGAGAGAAACGUUUUAGAUGCUCUCAGUGCAGGAAAAGAUUUGUCCGCAGGUCAAGUCUGAAGGGUCACAUGAGAGUUCACACAGGAGAGAAACCAUUCAGCUGCUCAGUCUGUAAGAAAGCAUUUUUAGAGAGAUGUCAGUUAAAGAGCCACAUGGCAGUUCAUACUGCAGAGAAACCAUACAGCUGCUCAGUCUGUGAGAAAUCUUUUAGACGUAAAAGUGAUUUACAAAUUCACAUGGCAGUUCAUACAGGAGAGAAAGCAUACGGCUGCUCAGUCUGUGAGAAAUCAUUUAAACAGGGAAACAGUUUAAGUCGACACAUGAGACUUCACAGUGGAGUCAAACACACUGCAGAGAAACCAUACAGCUGCUCAGUCUGUGAGAAAUCUUUUAGACGUAAAAGUGAUUUAACAAUUCACAUGAGAGUUCAUACAUGAAAGAAACCAUAUGGCUGCUCAGUCUGUAAGAAAUAUUUUACACUAAAGUCAGGUUUAACAAGUCAUAUGAGAGUUCAUACAGGAGAGAAACCAUACAGCUGCUCAGUCUGUAAUCAAUCAUUUGCACAGGCUAAUAGUUUAAAUAGACACAUGAGCGUUCAUACAGGAGAGAAACCAUACAGCUGCUCAGUCUGUAAUAAAUCAUUUGCACAGAGAAAUGGUUUAAAGAUACACAUGAGGACGCACAUAACCAAUCAGCCGCAGUGUUUCAGACUGAAGAUGGAUGACCAAGCUACAUCUGAUGAGACACAUGAUGAGGCCGAAGUGACUGAUGAUCGGAAAGAUUCCCUCAGUCAGUUUUAAAAUCUCUAAACAGUAACAAAGGUCCUGUCAGUGCUAUAAGACGCAUCACUAGCAAGCUACCAGUCAGAGAUCUGAGUGGGAAAUAUUAGGCCUGAAAGAAAGUCUGAAGAGACGUAAACAUCAGAUCAGUUCAUCAGCACAACUCUCAACAUCCAUAUCAAUAAUAUCAUCAGAACAUGAACAUAACCAAGAACCAUCAUUAUUCUUAUUUUACUCACUGUCCUUUUACUCUGUGUUUAUGUUUUAUGUUAUAAAUAUAUAUUUGAAUAAUU